AUGGCGGCUCAUUGGAGGGUCUUUCAAGUUUUAGCUUGUUUAUUUUUGUUCUAUGGGUUGCAAAUACACGCAAAUCUUCCGAGUAAAUGUCAAAUAUCAACAUACUCUAUCACAAAUUGGUAAGGAAUGUUUUUUAAGAGUUACACGAGAAUUGCACAUCUGAUGCCAGAAGGAUCGAAACUCGGAAACUUCCGUAAUCGUUUUGGUGUAAAACCUUACGUCUUAGUAUUUCUCAGCUUCCUCCUUUUUCCAUUUUAGGACAUGGAAGGUUAUUGGAAGCAAAAGGGAAUAUUAUAUCAAUGUCUGUGGAAACGCUAAAGUCAAAAAAAAAAGUUGUCCUUCAAAGGCUGCCGUUUGCUCGCCGUCAUCAGCUGAUAGUACUACUCUUCAGAAUUUAGGCUCUAAAAGACAGAUAAAUGCAACAAGGGAUUCAGGCUUCGAUUUGAUUUUUACUGGUGGACAAUGCAACGAGAUGGGAAAUAAUAAGGCAUGGGAAACCAACAUCUUUAUGAGAUGUGGAAAGUUUCUGGUAAGUAUUUGAUCCAAAAAUUGCUGUAUUUAUAGGACAAUAGACAUCGUGACUGUUUGGAGAAUCAGUUCGUCCUGACCCUGUUGUUUUGAGUUUGGUUUUGGAGGGUAGUUCUGACGAUACUUGAUUUGUCAUUAGAAUGUUAGUACAUCCAUCCCUUUCAUUAUCUUUGUUACAUCCAUUUUGAAAUCAUCGGUGAUCCUUGGAAUGUGAUUGGUUCUCAUUGUUGCAACUUAUUCAUGAUUCGCAGACUUUUCCUCAGCCAAUUAGGAAGUUGUGCUACAAAUUUCACUUCACUCGGUUUACUUACCAUUAUUUAUUAUGGUAAUAAUAUUAUGGUAAUCAUUAUCAUUAUACUAGUUAUGAUUAUCCUUGUUACUGUCUGAGUGUAUAGUUGUCAUUGUGAUGAUGGUUGUUUUAGUGAUGUUCAUUACUGUCUUUACUAGAUUACCUUUUACAUUAAAUUUAAGAUUAAAAUGAAAUAGCUCUGUAUUAAGAUAUUUUCUCAAAGCUAACAACUGUCCUGAGCUUAUCAUGAUUACUUGCUAAACCUUCAUUCUGACAAAGGGCUUAUGCCUGAAACAACAACUUAAGAAACUCUUUAUGGUGACAUAUUUACAUUACUAGCUCAGAGGAUUAACCAAAUCAUCUUGUCUUUAUCUUUAGAAACUUCUUUUUUUUUAUUUUUGGAAUCUGUAAUUUAGUUCUGGCUAAGAUAUUAGGAUGUGGAACCUGUUGAAAAGAUGUUACAAAUAAAUGGGAGAUUUCUAAAAGAGUUUAUGGCUGCCUUGGGAAUAGUAUGACUUGCUAAUACCAAACAUUUAUAAAUUCAGUGGUGAAUUAAAAGGACGUUGUUACAAAAUCAUUAUAUCCUUAAUGUAUUCUCAUUGUAAAAAUUUAUAGGGAUCUCCUCAGUUUGUGGAUCUCUUUGUGGGAAAAGAGAAGUGUGUGGCUGUUUUUGAGUUUGUUACUAAUGAGGCUUGUAAAACAAAACCUGGACCAGAAAUUCCUUGCUCACUGUAUGGAACAGACAAGGAAAUAAUAGAUCUAACACCUUUGAUCAAAACAGAAGGUAACAUUAUUUUAUUGAUGUUUGUUUUAUUCCAACUUAAUAGUUAGGUGGACUAGUUUUACCUUGGCUGUCUUGAAUGUCUUAGACACCCAACUUUACUUUCCAAGGCAUUCAUUAAUCCACUAUAGAACUGAAUUCAAAAUUUAAACACCAUGCACACACGCUGUAUUCUAGUAAAUUGAAACGAAUUUUAAACAGAGGAAGAGAUAUUUCCAUGAGCUUGGGAACAUUUAAAAGCUCAAUAACUAAUCACAAAAGUUCCAUGGAUCUCUGCAUGAGAAACAGCUCUGACAGGAUUAAUUUUUUAUCCAACUACAUGUAAGUUCAACAUGUUUUGCUGUCUAGUCAAUUUAUCCUUCUGUUUUACACUUUCCUUAAUUUGUUGGACACUUUUGUCACACUUGCUUCCCAAAUAGUUGCUUGAAUUCUCCUUCUUUCUGUAAUCCAAAAUUUUAUUUUGUCAAUUGCAUUGUAGCUCUAAUCAAAACACGGUAAACACAGUUUGCACAAACGUUGGAAAUCUUCCAUGCCAAAGACAAUUUAAUCUCAUGUUUCAUGCUCAUUACAUGACAUGAAGAUCAAGCAUAUCAGGUUGAGAAUUAUUUUGUCUUUCCCAAGCUUUUUAUUGCAAACUUUUGUUUGGUAAUGAAAAUUCGAAGAAAUAUCGCUCUAUGUUGAAGCAAAAUGAUGCAAAGUGCAAGUGAGAAUCUUCACAAACUUUUUUGCGAUGAAAUUUGGAAAGAACAAUUAACAAAAUUUGGCGAUUUUCAUUUGCAUUACUUUUGCACAAUACUUUUGUCUAGUGAUAGUCAAUUCUAAAACUCUCUUAGCUGUGAAUAAAAAUGCUCAUCUCAUCUAACUCUAGUUUUUCUUCAUGUUUAUGCACUCUUUUAAUUUACCCUGUAAGUACUGUUUUCACAAGCAAACUACAAAGAGAUGCCCUUUUAAUUCUCCCUUCUAGCUCUCACACAUUUCCAUGUAAAUUAGUUAUGAGUAUUUGGUGUUAGAUCAAGAUAACAGCUUCUAUGUGAGAAGUCUGAGUAUUCUUAUCACCUGUUUGCUGAUAAUGUUUGGAUGUUAUCGGGAGAAGUUACAUGUUAAUCACUUAAUGCAAGGGCAGUAACCUUUUGGCCCCUAAGAGUGACUAGCAUCUAAUCUCUCCUUAUAACAGCUCUCCUAAAUCACACACUGAGGUCAUGAGAAUAAAAGAAAUGAUCAGUAGCCAAAGAGACUCUUCAUUAUUGAACAAAUUCUCUUUGUCAACACCUUAGGAAAUGUAUAGAGUACAGUAUGGAGAAUAUAGAGACUGAUGUUUGGGUGCAAAGGGUUUGGUUAGAUAUUUUUAUUUCAUCAUGAAAUGAUAUUAUGAUAUUUUUAUUUCAUUAUGUUUAUUAAAUUUUUGAUUGGGUUUCUACAGGUGGCCAUGAAGUUUCAUCUUCAGAUGGAAACUUUGUUUUUUACAUCAAUGUUUGUAGAGGAAUAAAACCUAAAAAAGAUGAUAACAUUCAUUGUCCAGCCAACAGUUCUGUGUGUAGAGUUGAUAAAAACCUUCAAAAACCUGAAGAUGUUGGGAGCAUCUCAUACACAAGUGGCCUUAUACUCCGAGACAAGAAUGACAUUGUCCUUGUUUACAACACAACAAAGACUGUGAGUGGCUGCCCACAAAAUUUGAAUCCUGCUACCACGAUUACCUUCAGGUGCCCAGGCAGGAAUAGGGUAAGCAUAAGCAUUGACAGAAUUAUUGUGUAUGUGCUUAUGAUAUAUCUCUCAGUCAGUACUUGUUCUCUUAUUGGUCAUUAUUUCAAACUGAAAAAUCUGGUCUCUAACUUACUGUAAAGACCUCAAACUCAGUAAGUAACAGGUAUUUAUCAACUGAGUGGGAGGGCCAAAUGGUGAAAUAUUUAGCACUAGGCUAGGAUGUACAUGUACAGAUUGAGCGUAGGAAUGUCUGUAUGUCAUGUUGGAGAGCCAAUUGUAAUAUUUUGCAGAACCUGACAUAGUCAAUAGGUAUUUUAUGAUACAAAUACUGUUCUCUAUUUUCUUCCUUUUUUCCUUGUUUUUGGUAUCUUUUGGGGUUCUAACAGGCCAUGCAGCUUUUUAUUGCUCAUCUUGCUUCAUUAUGUAGAGUCUCUAUAUACUCAGGUAUUUUAAACCUUUUUUGAAAAAAGACAUGUGGGGUGGCUUGGGUCUUAGAAUACAAAGAAUGCUUUGACUUGAAGAGUUAUUUUACCAAUGGUUGAGAGGCCUUGACAAUAGGAGUGCUGACAACAGAAAUGAUAACACAUUAUGCCCUGCAAGGGUGAUUCUGAAAAGUUGUACAUACUUUGGCCAAUUGAUGCAUGAGAAUGAAUUUUGCCAAUUUUGUUCAUUUAGCAAUCCAAAAUCAAGCUUGGUCUUUGUACUUUGAACUAUUGCCUUUCUAAUGGCAAGUUUUUCAGCCCAGUGAAAACUAACUGCUGGACCUUGUGUCAUCACUUUUAGUUUUGACAAAGGUCAUUUCCUUCAACAGUAAGGGUACAGAAAUUGAAUUUUACUGUGUUGAGUACCAUUUGUUAUUAAGUAUCCUUGAAAAAUUGAGGUACGUGUAAAAACUGAAACCUUGAAACUUGAGACUUGAGGAUUGAGUUGAGUCAUAUAACUCAUGAGUGGCACUGUAUAUAUUAUUUUUAGGGUGGUAAAGGCCCAGUUUUGACAGAAGCUAGUUAUUGUGCAUUUGAAGUUCUUUGGGAGACAGAGUUUGCAUGUGCGAAGACCAGUAUCCUGGAAACCACGAGCUGUGUCCUGAGCGAUGACUCUGUCCACUUCAAUAUGACAAAGCUCGCUGCCGCCAAAGAGGAUGACUACCAAGUUUAUUAUAAUGAUACUAGAGCUGGCUCCACAACUCAGUACAUAUAUUACAUUAAUGUUUGCCAUCGUCUGAGCUUUCCUUGUGAAGGUUUGUUUCUUGGAUGUACUGAAGGGCUUCAUACAGGACAAAUUGUCCGAAGGGUUUUGGAAGAAUAUUAAUUGUUUUCAAGUUUUUUUCAGCAGGUUGCACCUAGUUUGAAAGAUAGGGUUGUCUAGCCUAAGUGCUGUUGAAUAUGCAUAUAAUUAAGCUAGAAGAUAUGUAUGCUGAAGCAAAUGAAAUGGGCCAGAGUUGAAUUGCAAUCAUCUUAUUUUUAAAAGGCUCAGUCAUUAUCUCAGUCAUAACUUUGAAGUAUUCUCAUAUGCAACUGUCUGUACUGUAUCUUAGCAGAAACUCUCUUCUGAAGUCUCUUUUUUCACUGUUAACAGAGUGUCUGCUUCUCUUUUUGCGGAGAAUGUACAACAUCCCUACUUGAAAUGUUUGCAAAAUGCUCUUUUGGUAUAUGAGUUAAUUCAUAACCACUGAUGAAUUAAUAUCUUGAAUUGGUAUAAAAUUGCAUGAUGAGAUUAGAGCAACAGUUAUUUAUGUUCAAUUGUGUUUGAGACCACUGAAAUUUAAAUAUGUUAUAUUUUUUUUCUGUUAGGAUCAGACUCAACAGUUUGCCAAGAAGUGAAAGAUGGAUCUUGGCGAAAGUCGCUUGGAAUUGUAUCAAAACAAACUCUACGCUAUGCUGAUGGACAGCUGUCUUUAACCUAUGAGCAUGGAUCCGCAUGUAGAAAUGGGCUCAAUCGAACAACCAUUAUCAUGUUUAUAUGUAACUACACAGCUGAGAUAGGCACAGGACCUGUUUUUAACAGUGAGAGUUACUGCUUUUACUACUUUGACUGGGAAACAAGAUAUGCUUGUCCACCUAGCCGUCGCACAGGGACUCAGUGUCGUGUUGUCAGCCCUUCGGGAGUACGCUAUGAUCUUUCUGAGCUUGUGCGCAUGGAAAAUUCCACCAACUGGAUUGCGGUGGAUGGAGAGAGUAUCAGUGCUAAAAGAAAAAUUUUGAUAAAUGUUUGUGGUCAUGUGACUGGCCAUCCUGAAGCCAAACAGUGUGAUAGUUCAGCAGCUAUUUGUAUGAUUGAUCAAAGCAAAGGAAAAGUAGUAAGCCUUGGGAGAUACACAGAACCACCUACUUUGAAUCCAGACAAUUCUAUCAAGUUGGUUUAUAUUCAGGGUAGCGAAUGCAAGAAGGACAAUGCAGGAAAGAGUGUAUUUAUAAGAUCCACAAUAACAUUUUUAUGUCAGACAGGAGAUUUGUCAAGUCCCCCUGUUCUGGUCACUCAUACAUCAGAUGAAUGCCAUUAUGAGUUCAUGUGGAGGACAGGUAGAUAUAGGGGUACAGUCGAACCUCGAUUAUCCAGACAUCGAUUAUCCGGACUUUUCGAUUAUCCGGACUUUUUCUCUGGUCCCGUUUUUUUCAUGAAUAUUAAUGACCUUAGAUGUUAAAAACUUUAGGAGGUAAAAAAAUUCAGAAAUUAUGCUAAAAGUCAGGAAAAUUGUGUUUAAAACAGCGCAUUACACGCUCUGCUUUCGAAAGAUUGAGCGCUUGGAGACAAAAAGAGACAAGAAGCAUUCUAAUGUGUUCAGCUGAAUUUUGAUUGGUUCAGUAUUGUUUUGUUGCUAAGGGAAUGUCAUGCUUGAUCAGUUCGAUGAGCAUGGGUUAUGUGAACACACGAGACGAUCAUAACUCAAUUGUCUCAUUAAUAUUCAUAUUUUCGAUUAUCCGGACUCUCGAUUAUCCGGACUAUUUACCCCAGUCCCACCGAGUCCGGCUAAUCGAGGUUCGACUGUAGUAUUUUUGGUCCUUGAGUUGUAAGUGUUUUUUUUUAUUGAUUUUAAUAGAAAGUGUAAAAAUGUAGAGACUAUCAUUCACCCUGUGACCUCUAAGACUGACCAGCAUGACUACAUGUAGUACCACCUGUGGAUGAAAUAUGAAGAACAUUCACCCUUUGACCUCUAAGACUGACCAGCAUGACUACAUGUAGUACCACCUGUGGAUGAAAUAUGAAGAACAUGAGAAAAAAGGAUCAAAAGUGAUCAUCAACUAAAUAAGCUCUUGAUUAUUAAACAAAUUCUUCUUAAGUUGCCAGCACCUUAGGAAAUGUUAAGAAAAUAGAAUGGAGAAUAUGCAUGCUGAUGGUUGGGUGUAAAGGGUUAAUGGUACAUGAAGAUGGAAUUUUUUUGUGCAUGUGCAUAGUGCCUUGUUCUGUUUGUUCUUAGUGAGUUGAUGAAGAAUUCAGACCAGAGACAUACAUUUCAUGUGAAAAAGUACUGUGUUGUAAACUCCAUUGUUUGAAAUCAUAUUUCAAGUUACUUCCAAAUGGUAUAACAAAAACAUGUUACUUCCUUUCCUGAUUUUCAACUAGGAUUAGGUGAUAAAGCCCCUGUGGAUUAUAACUAAUGUUGUUUAUUUAUUUUUUUCUCCUGAUUCUUCCAUCCUUUUUUCAUGUAUGUAGUGUAUAGCUCUCUAGUUAGCAAUGAUAUGAUUACAACUACUUACAAUCAUUUACUGUUUUUUGUCUAUUCCAUGAUAUCACCAGCUGCGGCAUGUUCAUUGGGUUUGAAUGUUGGCCAGGACUGCAGAGUGGAAGAUAAAGAUGCUGGUUAUGUAUUUGACCUUACUCCUUUGGCCAAAAAAACUUGGGGCCAAAAGGACUUUGUCACGGCUGUGAAUAAUAUAAAUUCACAAUACAAGUACCGAUUGAAGGUGAGAAACUCCCAACUUAGCCUUCAUAUGCAAUCUAUGGUCAUUUGUUUCUUACUUGCAGUCAUUUCAUGCCCAGGAGAUUUGUAAUAAUAUUAUAAUAAUAUUUAUUUCUACUGCGUAAAUUCAACUAUGCAGUUUUCAAAUGCACCUAAUUUGUACUUAAAAUGAGACAAUUCAACCCAGUUUCCACUUGUCAAAAUACCUCACCUGCUAGUGUGUGAACAGGUGUCAAUUGUUGCGUAGACAAAUUAGUGGAAUCAAGCAAUUAUGAUACAAAAAAUAUAUAUAUUUUGUGUAUACUUGAGACCUUCCUAAAAGAAACAACUAAAUUAUUGCCAGGCAAAAGAUAAGUGUGAUAUUUUUAUUAGACCUUUCUCUUAUUUAUACUUUUGACUUUCCUUCAUUCAGUACUUGUGUGUCAAAAUUGAACACCACAUAAACAAAAAUUAUUUAAGUCAGAUAAUAUUGCUAUAUAACAUAAGAAACUGACCUUAUGUAAAACUCAUUUAACAUUGAAUAUAAUUUAUGAGAAUGGAUAUGAAAUGACUCAACUGGGUGGGUGAGAAUGGUCAAGGGAAUUAGGCAUACAUAAAAGGCUAAAUUUUCCAAAGUUCCUGAGCACUAGUGAAUAAAGGCUAUUAAUAGUGGGGGUUGAUUAUUUCCCUCUGAAAAUUGUUGACUGAGACACAUUGCCUCCCCUGGCUGGAAAUCCUAGAUCAGACUGGGAAUGCAGUGUAAGGCCAUCGUACCCCUCAUGGAUUGUAAGUGUACUAACCUUUACCAUCUGUCCAUUUUAUACUGACAAUGUGUCCAUUUUGCUUUAACCACAGGUGUGUGGAGGAAGCAGUCAAAUGGGCUGUGUUGGUGCAAAUGUUUCCUCAUGCCAGAUUACACAACCAUCUUCCAAGCACAACUUUACACUGGGUCUGGAAAACAAAAAUUUGUAUUAUUAUGAUGGAAUGUUAAAUCUGACCUACCAUAAUGGAGAAAAGUGCCAUAAUGGAGUUUCUCGUAAAACCCACAUAACCUUCCUCUGUAAUCAGUCAGCAGUUAACAAUGGAGUAGGAGUUCCAGAGUUUGAGAAGGAGAAUCACUGUAUCUAUAACUUCAUGUGGUUUACAAAAUAUGCCUGUCCAGCAAAGGUCAGUUGAUUGAUGAUAGCUCUUUAAAGAUUUUUGUUUUACUGAAAAUUGUUACCUCUUUGAACUGAAAUCAAAUGUGUCACACCCUAACAAAACUAUUUUCUGCAUCACUUUGCAGGUUGUCGAAUGUGUUGCUAGGACAGAUGUUGCUCAGUAUGAUUUGACAAGUUUGGUGAGAACUUCAGACAACUGGGAGGCAGCAUAUGGUGCAAAUGGAAAGUUUUACAUCAAUGUUUGCCGUUCACUGAAUCUUGUACCGGGCUGUAGUGGAACAGCAGCUGUCUGCCUGAAAGAAAAAGACAAGGUCACCAACUUGGGUGAGUUGUGUAGAGUUUUUCAAUGAAGUAAGAGUCUGUUAGAAAAGGAAGUAAAAAAUCAAACCAAUGUACUCAUUUUGACCGGCUACAUCUUACAUACCAGAGCUCACCUCAGCUUAGUGGUCUUGCUCUAAGAAGUCUACAGAUGGUAACAAGAUUAAAACCCGAUAGUAAUCUAAUUCCCUAUGAUUAAUUAUGAAAUAAUGUGUAGUGUAUUGUUUAGGAGUUUGACCAAUGGUCGUGGGCACAAGUCGUGGGCGUGGGCGUGGGUGUGGGUGUGGGUGUUGGUGUGGGUACAAGUCCUGUCGGUAAUAGUUAACAAUUAAUGGUUAAUUGUUAAUAUUUAAUAAUAUUAUCAAUAGUACUUCUACCAAUAAUUAAUUAUUGUUAUUAUUGUAGAGGGGAACGGUUUUUUUUGGCGAAACGCGAUUUGGUUACUCAGCCGUGAACGGUGAAUCGCCUAAGAGAUGUGCCCACCUUUUUUAUGGAAAUUAGUUUAAUUAAAUUAGUGUUAAUUUUUUUAAUAUAAUGUAUAUUUUUCUGUUUUAUUUUAAUUGUAUUUAUAUUUACAUUUUUACGUAAUUAUAUUGAUUUGACCUUUAGAGGACCCUUCUGUAAACCACUUUUUUUUUUUCGCGAAACGUUACUUGAACCGUUAUUGUUUCUCUUCCUUUAAAAAAAUUAUCCAGUAAGCGUCUCAAAACAAGACCACGUCUAGAAAUAUGACUGUGUCUAGCUAAUCAUCACUCUGAGCCCCAGGUCUCUUUAUUCCAACAGGUAAUUUAACACCUUUUAUCUUCGUUUCGUGAAAUGGCUAUUUCAUCUUGCGUGAAACGUGAAUGGUCAUUUUAUUUUUCGUGAAAAGUGGUCUUGGACCCCCUUCCCUUUACCACCCUUAAUUAUGGUCUAAGUUGACAUAAUUAACAUGACAUAAUGCAUACAAAUUAAACAACCCCUCUCCAACUGUUAGAAGCCAGUAAUAGGCUCCUGCAAAUUGUAAAAUAUUAGUGUUUAUUCCAAUAUCAUCGCAUCAGCUCGGUGAGACUACUAUUUCAUUGAUACACUUACAGAUAAGUAAUACAUAAUACAUUCAACUAAUUUGUACCAAAAAAUCUAUACUCGACAAUAAAUUAUUAUUAGUAGUAGUACUAUAAAUGUUAUUAUUAUUAAAUAUGAACUAUUAACCAUUAAUUAUUAACUAUUACCAACACGACUUUUACCAACACCCACGACUUGUACUCACAACCCACGACCAUUAGUCAAACUCAUUGUUUAGCAGUUUCUCUGUUAAUCCUUUUAACAUCUAAUUUCUGAAUCAAACAUUAAGGUCAGGAGAGUGAAAGAAAUGAUCACAGACAAUAAAAACUUUUGAUUGUUGAACAAAUUCUCCUUGUCCGCACCUCUUAAAAUGUCUAGAGAACAGUAUGGAGAAUUAAUUCAUACUGAUGUUAGGAUGUAAAGGGUUUAAUAUUAUAGAUGCAGUUGGAACUAUUUGGAACUAGUUGGAAGUAUUUUAUCCCUUCUAAUUUUUAUUUUUAUUUGUCAUUCUGUUUGUACCUGGAUUUGUAAAAAGAUUAUUAUGUUUUACUUCCAGGUUCUGUAUCAAACCCACCCACUGAAGGAGUUAACAAUGUUGUAAUUACGUACACUGAUGGAGACAAAUGUAAAGACAGGAAAUACCAGACAAAAAUCACUUUCCUUUGUCAAAAAGGAGAAGGGGUGAGCUUGUUCAAAUUUUGUGCAAUUGACAUCCUUAAAUGAUAUUCAUGCAAGACGUAAAAGGGUAUAAAGAAAGUAAGCUGUAAAAAUGGUGGAGUUAUAGACCAGAAGGCUUUUUGAAAGUGGAGCUGCCGUCAUUUCUCUAAAUGUGAUUGGUCUAACACUGUAAAAAGCUCCCCGUUGUGGUAAUGUUGGAGAGGCUAAAGACAGAGGCCUUCCAAUGGGUCAGAGUACAUAUACGUGUAACCGUAUUAGGACUGUGUGGAGUCCAACCUGGUCUGUAAUGAUGCAACUGUUUAACAAGAUCGGAUCGGAUGACUGUGAUGUGAGAGCCUGAUUAGUUAUUUUCAAGUAUGGUUACUGACUAAAAUGAACGAGAAAAACAAAAGUGUAUUCAUGAAAAGAUAGGCUAGCCUUUGUAUUCCAAUCUUAAGACACUAGAAACCAUGACGAUCUUUCAAUUGACAAAUACACACUAAAAAAGAGAAUAUGAGGAUUAUGUGAAAUGGCAGUGUGAUCAUAAUUUUAUAUUGUGCUAUGUUUUGCAUAGUUACAUAAUUUAUAGUAGCAGAUACGUUGUAUUUUUUGAAAAACAAUGAAAUAUAAAUAAUCAUCGCGAAGGUCUCAAUUAUUGAUGCAAAAAAUAAUUUUGGAAGCUCUCAUUGAGUUGCUAGCAUUCAGUCAAUUUUCCUCAAUUUGGCCUUGACGUUAGUUUCAGCUACUGCGCUUGUGAAUACAAGAGUGAAUAGGCCGGGUGAAAAAUAUUUCAUGUCCUUGUAAUCAGAUAUGAGGAGAUCCCUAAUGUCUAUUUGGUUUCUCCUUAGAGCUCAUCUCCUGAAUUUAUUAAAAUUGAUGAUGAUGGUUGCACUUACAUAUUUCACUGGAAAACAGCGGCAGGUUGUCCAAUAGAAAACGUUCAAGGUAGCAAAUGUACUGUGAGUGACCCCAAGUCUGACACAAUCUUCAAUCUUACACCAUUAACGAAGAAGAACAAUGUUGUUAUGUACAGCGGAAAUAUGACUGAAAACAACGAACAAGCAACUUUUCAACUUAACGUCUGUGGUGCACUGCCUGCAAAAACUUGUGGCGAUCGUGAGGACAUUGGUGCCUGUCUGAUUAAGAAAAAUGGCAAGAAAAUUGCUCUUGGGAAGAAAAGCAGGACCCUUUUUUACAAGGGUGAAAUCGUUACUCUUAUAUACAGGUAACAAGUGGAAUUCUACUUGCUUUAACGAGUACAAAAGUAUGGCGUUUAGUUGAGUUGGAGAGAAAGUAUAGUCAGUAAUACAAAUAUCUUGGAACUGGCUCAGGGACACAAUUAACCAGAGUAUCAGCCAAGAGAUAAAAUAAUUUCACUGUGUGUACAAUCAUAAAGAUUUCAUCGGGAAAAAUUUUCUUUCUAGAUUUGUCAUUUCUUCCCUGAGGGAAUUUUAUUUUAAAAAUGAGACGUUUGUAACACAUUUGUAUCCUAACCCGAUGGAAAUGAGAAGCAAUUUUCCUGGUCACUUUAUUCGACAGAAGCUACAAUUUACUCCAGUAGUUUGCCUGUGUGGCUUGUGUGAAAAACGAAAAUCAUUUCGUGUUCAUCUUCAUGUAUGGUUUGUAAGAUUUCUUCCGCUACUACAGAAGUUUGCCUGGAUGCUACCGGCACUAAUAAGUAGCAAUUGUAUUUUAUAAAAUAAUUCAAAUAGUACGCGCGCUCUGAUUGGCCAUAAAACCAUUUUACAUGAGCGUAUGUAAACACGGUUUUCGUUCCUCUUUCAUUAGUUAUUUUAUAAAAGAAAUGUAAAAUGGUUUCCGUGUUUACAUAGCCUGAUGUAAACACUUGGGAGGUUGGGAGAACACUCGAUAAGCUGGAAACCACUCCGCUUCGCGUCGUGGUUUCCUACGCUUAUCUCGUGUUCUCCCAACCUCCCGCGUGUUUACAUCAGGUUAUGUAAACACGGAAACUAUUUUACAUUUCUUCAAUAUUGCAUACUUCAAAAUUGCAUAACCUUUUUUCCUUGAUUAUAUUACAAUUAGAGCUAAUGAAUACUUCCCUCCUCAUUUUUUCCGCAUGACAACUAGUGAAGGGGACAAUUUUGAAAGCACUGGGGAACAGAGAGAAGUUCACAUCAGGUUCUACUGUGACUCAAACAAGCCUUUUGGAGAGCCUACUUUCUCUGAACGGGGGGGAAACAAGUACUUCUUUGACUUUAAAACAUCACUGGUUUGUUCUGCGUCAGCUGUGCAGUGUUUGGUGUCGGCUGGUGGUGUAGAAUAUGACCUCAGUCCCUUAGGGCUGACUUCUGGUGAGGUUCUUUGGCUAUCAUGAACAGUGACAUUAAUGUUUUGUGGGGUUCAUUUCGAGGGCUUUUGCAUUUUUUGCCUCAGUCGUAAAAUGCAUCGUGUACUUUCCUACGACAAAAAUUUGCAAAAUGAGGCAGGGUAAGGGUGGGGCACAACUGUUGAUACUCUUCCAAGUGCCUCUCUCCACCCAGGGGUGUAACGUGAACUUCCAGAGAAGCCUCUCAAAAGAGUCAAAAGAGGUAACCUGCGAUGGACUGGUAUCCUAUCCAGGGGGAUUGGUAGCUCCUCUGGGGAGAGGGCUGAGGGUAAGGCACGACGCUUGAUACUUUUCCAGUGCCUCUCUCCACUCAGGAGUGUAAUGUGAACUUCCAACCUGCGAUGGACCGGUAUCCUAUCCAGGGGGAUUGGUAGUUCCUUUGGGGAGAGGGCUGAGGGUAAGGCACGACGCUUGAUACUCUUCCAGUGCCUCUCUCCACCCAGGAGUGUAAAUGGGUCGCAGUAAACUUCUAAGGAAGCCUGGAAAAAUGCUAUUGGAAGAGGUAGCCUGCAAUGGACUGCUGGCAUCCCAUUAGGGUUGGGGGGGGAGGGUGGGGAAAUUCCUCGAGUCACUUCAUGCUACAGAUAGCGACAGGAAUACGUUCUGGUUGAAUGGGCCACUUUUCUAGAGAGUAAACUUGCAUGAGGGAAUGCAUCAAAUCUUUUUAGAUAUUUUUUAAAUGGUGAGUUACUAUUUCAUAAAUUUAUAACUGGGCAACUGCCCACCUACCCCUCCUAACUCAACAACAGUCAAUUGACAACAAUUUGAGGUUAAUGUUGGGUUAGGGGAGGGGUAGGUGGGCAUUUUCCCAGAUACUGAUAUUGAUCCCCAAUUGAUAUAUCAUUUGAAGGAAACUGGGAAGCAGUUGAUACCCGAGAAAAGAACAAACACCUUCACUACUUCAUCAAUGUUUGUCGUGCUGUGAAUCCAUCUGGAGAAGCCCUGAAAUGUCCAGGUGGACCUAUAGGCGGUUGUCAGAUCGAUCACAGUCAGAAGAAAGGAUUCAACUUGGGAUAUGUCCAAAGCAAUCCACAGAUCACAAGCAAAGGAGAGCUGUCCUUACAAUAUUCUGGUGGAACUCCUUGUCACAAGAAUCAGUUCAGCAGGAGUCUAAGAAUUGUUUUUUCGUGCUCAAAGCGAACGGUAAGGUUAUGGACAUGAAAAGAGUGAGAGUUAAGUCAUUAGCUAUUGCAAAAUUUAUCGAUAAAUUUUCAUAAUUACACAAUAAAUCUUCUGUUACAAAAUUAGUGGAAAACGUUCUAUGACAGCUUUUCAUUCAUGUUCUAAAGGAAAGGCGUAACAAAAUUGCUAUACACAAAGGAACUGUUAGUGCCCUUUUCGUAGUUCCAUUGAUUAUCAUCCUGUUAAAGUAAAGCCAGUUCAAUUUUUAUUCAUUUUAGGGCUCUCCUAUCUUCAUAGCUGAAUCUCCAGAGUGUGAGUACUUAUUUUCUUGGGAAACACCCAGUGCUUGUCCAUUGACAAAAGAGGUUGGUUAUGACUGCAAAGUAGAGGACAAACAGUAUGGCUACAUGUUUGAUUUAUCCGUGCUCUAUAACAAAACAAAAGACUACAAUGUUAGUGUCAGAGGUGGAGCCCCUGGUGAAAGGAUUAUUUUAAAUGUCUGCAAUAAGUUGGUGGGAGGCCCAAAGGAAUGCCACGGAGAGACAGUUGGAGCGUGCAUUAUUGGUGAGACAGAAUUGUACAUGUAUACUCUACUGAUUAUUAUAGCGGAGCUUGCGUAGCCCCAUAAUUAUGCAAAAUAGUAGUAACCCAUCAAGCUGAAAAAAUUUGGAUGUACGACCGUACGACCGUACAAAGUGCUACUUUUAACAUGCGUGGUCAACUGUACCGCGGGCACACCAACGCCACGGCUUUGUCCAGUGGUCAGUGCACUGGGCUCCGAGUCGGACGACUCGGGUUCUAGUCCUGGCCGGGGCAAGGCGUUGAGACGUGCGGGAAAAAAAUGCGAGCUCCGCUUUUAGGCUUGGCUAAAUCUACAUAUUAGCUAUACAGGGCAUGAAUUUUUCGCACUUGUUCCUACGGACAACUGCAAUAUUUUUGUUUUACUUGUUCGAAAAGCAUGUCAACAACUUCUAUAGGGUAAGAAGCGGACUCGCAUUGAAAUUAGUGGCCGCACUGCGCGUAACAAAGUCAAACACACAUAACUAAGCAAACUGAUAUUUUAACUUUCCGUAACCGGUACUUAUUUUUAUGGACUUGUCCAAAAUCAGGAAAAAAAUUCUUACCCAAUUUUUUGGUAGUUGGAUCGGACAAAAAAGAAUAUAUUACAGUUUUCGAAAAAGGCAUUUCACGGCAUUAUCUUAGGAUCGUGUCGGUCGCACAAGGGCGCGCGAAAGACAAAAACUUCCCAAACGAAGCUAUUGAGAGUCCUUUACGACUAGCAAAAAUAUGUUUCUCUCUGAAGCCUGAAGGACGUACACAAAGCAAAGUUUGGAUCGUUUAUUGCAGUUUUUUUAUUCCUUCAAUCUCCGUCCAUAGCGCAGUACUGUCGCGUAUUUGGUGCUUUCUGUUGUCACUCAAUUGUGAAUGAUAAUUAUUAAUUUUAGGAUGCACAUGUUAAAAUGCUCCUAUAUUUAUUUCACAGCUGUCUUGGUGAAAGUGUUGAAAUAUUGAUUGACUAUGUUUUGGAAUGUCUUAAAACAGGAACAAAGAAUGUUGAAAAAGUUGUGUUGAACAAGAAUCUCACUUACUACAAUGGUCAAAUACAAACAACAUACGGAGAAAACCCAGCUAUAAACAUCACCUUUGAAUGUAACCAACAAGCGUUAGGGCUUGAUACAGGCCCGACCUGCGAAAAAAAGAGCAACACAUAUGACUGUCAUUGGCAGACACCAUUUGUUUGUAGGCCGAUGAUCAGUUUGCAGUGUAGUAUUCGAGAUGAAGAGAAAGAUACUGACAAUCAGUAUGACUUCUCCUCGCUGUCCAAGAGUGAUGGAAACUGGAGGGCAAAAGUCACGGGUCCAAAUUUGGAUGGUGUUUCUUUUUUCAUAAAUGUCUGUCGUACAGUGUUAUUGAAAGGUGCUGCCGCACAUUGCCCCCCGACCUCAGGUGUUUGUAUGGUCAAAGGGUACGUAUGCUCAGACAUCUUGAUAUUAACCCUUUAUACCCUAACAUCAGUAUGCAUAUUCUCCAUAAUGUUUUUCAUGCAUUUGCCAAAGUGCUGACAAGGAGAAUUUGUUUAACAAUCCAAGUUCUUUUAGUUGUUGAUGGUUUCCUUGAUUCUCUUGGCCCUAAUGUGUGUUUUAUGGGGGAUAGUGUCAGGAGAAACUAGAUACUGGUCACCCUAAGGAGUCAAAGGGUUAAAGUAUUGGAUAUUUUGCUUGGUGCCAACUUUUCACAUCCUCAAGUAUGUUUUGAUACACACGUUCGCUUAAUUGCCGUGCUCCUUUGUGAGGGAAUUCCCUCAUGUAAGACACAUUGAUGUGGCAUCGAAGAAAUCGCCUUCCAUCCCUUUUGGUCCGAAUUAGGGUAAAGAAUCUACCAUUUGGGUCUAAUGAGACCAAGGUAUUGUUCUCUCUAUAGAACUCAAGCAAUCUUAAGCAAUUCACCUUUUUCUGUUGAUCUUCAGGUCUUGAAUAGAAUUGGGGGGACGGAAUUGGGGGAGAUUCUCAAGAAUUUUGGUCAAAUUUGAUUUCCAAUUUUAUAAUCUCAGUUUGGCACACACACAUAUUAAGCAGUAGGUUCUAAAGUUAGAAGAGAUGGGUUACAGAAAACAACCCGCGUCCUCCAGGUACACAUUAAACACUCUAAACCACGCAGCUAAGUCGCCUACAUUUGAUUUUAAGAAUUGAAUCCUUUUGUUUCCUUUUAGAGGAACAUCCUUUAACCUUGGAACCAUAAGGCACGGACCUAGGAAGAGAGAAGAUAAUAUUUACUUAGAUUAUGAGGAAGGUGGCAACUGCGGAAACGGGAAAAAAUAUUCUACACACAUACUGAUGAUGUGUGGAGAAAGAGAGGUAUUAACAUGAAACUUUUUAUUCUGUGUACAUUCCCUGUGUUUUCUGUACGUGCCAAAUUUGCGCGUUUAUCAGUUAACUUUCUGAGCUUCAACUGAAGAAACAACUUCCUCGUUUUGGUUUGUUUAAUGAUCUAAAGCGAAGAAGGAGUCCUGCAAACAAUACACAGACACAGUUACGUUAGCUCUAACGGACUAAAUUAGCUGGCAUGGCGACGCCUAAGCAAUGACCUGAUAGCUGGCUGCGACAGUAAUAAGCGUACUUGCAUAAGAAUAUACGCAAAUAAUGUUCCACGACGGAGCAGAAUAUCGUCUACGCACGCAGUAGACUUUGGCGCGGAAAACGGGCUCUCGAGUCGCUUACAUGGUUGAUUUCCACUCUAUUGCUUUGAGGCGUUGUUUCCGUUGCCGCUUUUCUUUUACAGAACAACCUCCAAAAACUUUGUACACCUCUUUAAUAAUUUAAAAAAAAAAUUUUUUUCCUUAAAAACACUGGAAAUAGGAAAAUGCCUUCAACGAUAACAAAAUGCCCUGGUUUUUAAAUCCCAGCCCUUUUUUCCCCGCAAAUUUCGCCGAAUUUUAAACCUCGUGCGCUUGAGCCCGCGUUAUUGACCUCAUACCUGUGACGUAGCAUUUCGUUAUUCAGCUCUGUCAUGUUCCACGACGUCUAGAGAACGUUCGUAAAAACAGAACAACAUGGCCGGCUCCUUUCUGAGCCGGUCAGCGGUACUAAGGCCUAGACGGGUUGCUGUACAUAAGCAGAGCGGUGAACUCUUCAUCAACUAUCAUUAUUGAGGUGGUUUGACCAUGAGCUCAGUGUGGCAAACUUCACUCGUCCCUGAAACUGCUAUGUUGGAAGGGGAAGGGAUGCUGAUAAUUUUUUUCUCUGUAAAGGACUGGUCAGGAAAAAAAAAAUAUCAGAGGCUUUUAGGCUAUUUAUAUGUCACUCUAUCAUUAUUAUCUUUUUGGAUAUUUUCCAAGGUUUCCUUUUAGAGUCAAGGUUACCCGUAAAUCGCCUUUCUAUCCAACAAGGUCUCCUUUUUCUUAUUAUCUGGUUAAAACGUUUGGCAGAACAGUAAAGAUUUUGUGGAUGUUGUCCGAUGACCAACAGUUAUUUUCAGCUCUGUGAUAUCAUGCUUACAUUUUAAGAAUGGCAAAGGUCUCGGCUGUUGCAGUGGUAGAUUCACUUAGUUGCUUUUAUUUUCCUUUUAUUUUAAGGGAGGUUUGCCGGUGUUCAUAAACUAUAACGCACAAACUUGUGAGUAUAAUUUCCUGUGGACCACAAGUGAAGCAUGCCCGGUGAAUGAUAAAGAAGAGAUUACAUAUGACAACUGUACUGCAGUCAACCCCUAUACUAAGGUCUUGUUCGAUCUGAACCGACUAAGGAACAAACAUAGUGACUAUGAAAUGGCAGACAAGCGUGAUCACAAGUACAAGUUGAAUGUUUGUGGACCUUUAGUGAAACCUCCAAAAGGUAUUGUAUGUGUAGGAACAUUGUAGCUUUGUUAUAGCGCUGUUCAGCUCUCGUACAUGUUCCGUGUGUCGAAUGCCCCGUCAUGAAGUAAUCAUUGGUCAGACAGAACAACGUACCAACCGAGAUGUCGCCAACUUUGCCUGAACAAUUCUUGUGGAUCCUUUACUUAGAGAGGUUAUUUGCAACGAGCUUUUAAAGCAUACCAAAGAAUUUCCGACAUGGUGAAGUACAUGUCAUGUAUUAUUCUUCUUCUUUUAGAAAAUGAAAUUCAAAUUGGAGUAAAAUGUUACAUAGACAAACUCAGUUGAACUACAACGAAUACAUGAUUUUGCAAAGAGAAAAUCCGAUUCUUUAUGGUGCUUAAACGUCUCUGAAUACCAUGAUAUACUAUAAUCUUCUGGUGCUUGGUUACGUGCGAUAUCAGAUUAGGAACAUCCUCUUUCUCAUUGGUUGUUUGUUUAACCGUUCGAAUGCAUGGCGUGACAUGACUGAACAAGGGCUGCGAAGAACAACACAGUGGCUAAGUCACGUAGUUGAAUUUCAGGUGUUGUUGGUCAAUUUCCCCUGAGGUCAAAAUUUAAUUUUCUGUUGGUUUUUUUUUUUAACGGUAAUGGAUAAUUAUGGGAAAAAACCGAAAAUAGAAUUUGAACUUAAGACAACUGCAGUCGAGACAUACUCUUGAUUAUUUUGAGGUGUGUUGCAGAUAAUUUUCGUUUAUUUGUUUAUUGCAGGUUGCGGAACAAAAUCUGGAGUUUGUCAAGUAGGGCAACAGACAUACAAUGCAGGAAUCUCCAACAUGCGCCUCCACUUUGAUGAUGGGAUACUAUAUUUAAACUUGAGCGGGGGAGAUCCAUGCCAUCAUGUGAAGAAAAAUCGCGAGACGAUUAUUCAGUUCGUGUGUAGUCCAAGUCAUGGCAGCCAAGACUUGGGGAAGCCUGUUUUCGUAUCUGAAAAUGACUGCACAUACUUUGUAGUUUGGCAUACUUCUCUUGUCUGCGAAAGGCAGGUUAGUACGAUAGAUCUUGAUCUUUUGUAACUCCCGAAUGAGAAGAUCUCCAAAAAGUAAUAUUCCAAAGUAGUUUGUUAUUAAUGACGACUUUAAGAUGCAGAAUCUUUGCAAAUUAUAAAGUUCCGCGCCUGUUUAAGCUGGACCUCUAGUUUCUCUAGCAUGAAUGCUAUUCAAUCAUGACCUAACGUCAGCAUGUAGUGAUUUCCUUUCCAGGGAGGUGAGAGGCACUGUUUGACUAAAGUGUUCACCCCCAUGAUCAUAACACCACGAACUGACCAAGACUGGAACCCAGACCUUAAAAUCUGGAGUCCUGGGUCGACAUGUUUCAAAACCGAUCUUUAAAAUUUGUUGGUUUGCAGAUAUAUUUUUUCUUUACGUUUUGUUUCAGUUUUCAGUUUUGCCUAAUACUAUAAUUAAAACUCUCGUUAUUUAGGCCUAACAUACUCUGUCAGUGAUGACAAGUCAGAACUUUGUUCAAGUUUUAAUCCUGGAUUAGCACAAACCUUAAAUCCAACAACAAGCCCCUGUGUACAUGCCAUUCAGUAGGUCACUACGUCUCGACCCAAGACGUUGAGGAACCUGUUUUCACUUGAAGUGCCACAUUCCUCUGUGACGGGACUUUCAAGUCAUUGCCUUUUUAUAGCCACGAGAAUAGAAAAAUAGGGGGAAAAGAGUGGGUCUUCUUCCACUGAUUAUAGGUCGAUUUGGAAUUUGGAGUGAUGGUUUUUUUGAAGGGAAGAAGACCGGAUAACGCGGAAAAAAAAACCAUCAAAGCAAAAUGAAUACGGAAAAUCAUUAAAAAUUUAAGUUACAUUGGAUGACAGGCUCCGAAUUUUGGUCCCAAUAGUGAAAGGCGAACACUGUCAUCAUGAUUGUUUCUCCCAUACCCUCCACCUCACCAUGUGCGCUAUCAGUUGUUACUAAGUUUUUACAACUUGUUUCUUUCCCCAUCUGAUUCUUACUGUUCUUGUAAUUCACAUUUUCUUCCUCGAACUUCAUUGGCAGUAUGAAUGUGCAGCCUUUCAAAAUGACAAGGAUGGAACAACAGUACAAUACAGUCUUUCGCGACUCAUGCGCACGGAUGCUAACUGGGAGGUAAUAUGCAACACUUUAAAGAGGCUUGUUGACAUAACCGUCAAAGAUUUCAGCAUUUUCCAACAGGUCGCAGAAAAAAUGUUUACACAUCAGGAAAGAAGCAUACAAUUUAGAAGUAUUCAGAGAAAACUAACCUAUCAAACAAACAAACAAAAUUCUUCCCCCCCCACCCCACAAAAAAAGAAAGAAAAAAAAGAAACAAGGUGAGGCAUGGAUGAGUAAAAGUGUAUUUGGGUAAACUUGAAAGACUUUGAACCAUACGGGGAUUUCAGAUUAUCAUAUCAACGUUCUACGCAUGCUCUGUAGCUUUCUGGAGCAAUCCACCCUUUCACUCCCAAUAUUUCAUUACUAUCUGCGAUACAAUUUUUACAGGGGUAGUUCUAAGAUUUUGAUAACACGUCCACUAAUAAUUCUCUUAUCGAUAUUUUUCUUUGUUCUCAUUACCUUUUAGCUUGAUAUUGAGUUGAAAUUGUAAGGAGAAAUUCUGUCUUAGUCACUUAUGGGAGUUAAAGGGUUAACAUGCAUAUUCUCCUCAAAAAUUUGUCAUAUUAUCCUGAACACGAAAGACAAGAGCAGACCAAGUCAUUUGCUAGAUUGUGCUAGCCUUAUGCAACAUAGAAGUUUCUGAAAAUGGAAAUGUUCGCAGCUAGAGGGGAUAAUUAUAAUUGAGGGAAUUGGAUAUUAAGGUAUUAAGAUAGAAGCGGGCAAAUGCCAUGUUGAUACUUUAAGUUUAGUUCAUCUAUCAGUUCACAAAUUGUGAUUGUAUAAUUUUUUUUUUUUUUUGCUAAGGCUAAUGCGAUAGGAACUUUUUAUUUUCGAAAAAAGGUGGAAGUUGUCCCAAAAGCUUCCCUAUGUAUAAUACUUGUCUCCGUUGUUUAACAGGUGAUACCAGAGGACGGUAAGAACUACACUGCCUCUUACUAUGUAAAUCUGUGCCGCCCUUUGUUACCCAUGCCAGGAAUAAAUUGUCCAGCAGGCGCCUGGGCGUGUAAAGUCUGGACAAAUGGGCAGAAAAAUCAACAAUAUGAGGUAAAAUGCAAGUGCACAAGGUGAAGCCAAUCUUGUGUUUUGAGUGGCUGAUAAUUGAGCUCGGAAGAGAAGCCUUUCUUUCUCCAAGGGACUUUCUGUUGCAAGUGAUUGUGAUAUGUUAUUAUUAUUAUUUUUUUUUUUUGAGAAUUUUCGCAAAUAUUUUUUGCAUGAAAUUCGGUGUAGAAAGGCGUACACCAAAUGCCCAUCUUCAAUGAUAUGAUGCCUAUAUGAUUAAUUGUUUGUUUAUUGUUUGUUCUUGGAAGUCAUUGCGUUUGUACGGAUCAGUCCUCUAAGAAAACAUGACAUUUUUGUAAUGCAGUAAGGCGAAAUGUCCAUUUUAUUGUUGAUCAGGACCUAGGAAAAGCAGUCCAACCCCCAGUGGUAGUCAAGAGUAGAGAGGUGAAUCUUGUUUACACAAGUCCGACCACGUGCUCGAAAAAUCGUUCAAAAACCAUAGAAGUCCACUUUAAGUUUCGUUGUUCAUAUGGUGAAUUGGUGAGUCUGUGAAAAACCUUUUUACUUUUUCUUUGUUGAUUGUACAAUAAGAUUAGUUCAUGCUCAGGCGAAUUUCUUUUGCGUUAAAUUCCUUUGAGAAUUUUUUUCUAGUCUUUCCCUAGCGUCUUUUUUUUUUUUUCAUGGCUAUUGACAAUACAAACACUCGAAUAACCUCAUCAUUGAAUUUCAUAAGUUUGAGUGAUUCUUGAAAAUAGUCAAUCGAGUGAUCAUUCGUUCCGUCCGUUUGACUCAACUUACAGCCUGUUCUGAAAUCUCUGAAAUGAUAACCAAUCAAAGGUCAUCUUGCCGAGGGAAGUGGUGUGGAGUUAAGAGUUUAGGAGAUGGCGUUGAGAGGUUUUGUUGGCGAUUGAAAUUAUCAAAGCGGGGUAAAAAGAAAAUAGAUAUGUAUCUGAAGGAAAUGACAAAUUCUUUUCACACCACUAGCCUCGGUAAGAUGACCUUGUACCCAAUUAAUCUUGCAAGUUAAAAAUUCUGUUUUGCUUUCCAUUUUACUUAUUUUUUGGGUUUUGUUUUUCAGGGUCAUCCUGUUUUGGAGUCAGAGGACAAGUGUACCAUUCAUAUCAGCUGGGCCACAGUCGCUGCUUGUCCUAACAUUCAGAAAGUAGAUCUUGAAAACUGCAGAGUGUUUGACAAUGGUACCGGACAAGUUUACUCCCUCAAGCCGCUCUUGAAUUCUCCUGGUUCUCAUCAUUUCACAGUGGUAUGAUUAAUUGCAGCUCACUGUCUUAGCCGGACUUAUUUUAGUGUCAUUUAGGGAUAAAGUUACCAAUACAGGAAGUGAUAAGGAGAGUAUAACUUUUUCAAAUGCAUAAAUUUAAAUUUAUAACACGAGGACGCAUAAUCAAAGUGCUGCCUCAUGUUGCCUGGAGGCUCCUCUGUGAAGACAUCUUGCUUGCCUAGCUCCUAAGCUUUCAUAAAGCUAAGUUAUGUUAAUCGCCUUUAGCACUUGCACCACCACGACAACUACAAUUGGAUGGAGAAUUUUAAGUUUGACGACGUCACAAAAGCACUUUAAGUACAGCCAUACGUGAAGAGACUGACAGCACCUCGUGUGAAAUGUUGUCAGCCUCUCUUGCAGCUGAAUAAACAGCUUUCAUUCAUGCAAUGUGUGCAAUGUUUCAACAUUUUUCAUUCGUUGCAGCUAUUUUUUUUAAACAAUGACAAAAAAUUAUCUAAGUAAGCGUUUCAGAAACCAGUUCGUUACGGUCAAGUCGUGGAAAGAUCUUUCUACUCAUCUUACUCAUAGAAAAUAAUUUUAUAGACAAUAUUGUGAGGAAAUUUUAUUUCCCUUUUUCUCCAGGGAAAUGAAAAUGACCCAACGUUCUUCUACUUGUCCGUUUGCGAACCGUUAAAGUUGAAAAAGGGAAGCUGCGAAGGCGAUGGAGUAUGCAUGGUUACGAAUAAUGGCACUAAGUCGUACAAAAGCCUGGGUCGGUACGAGCACAGAAGUAUGAGUUUCUUCAGGGAGGACGAAAUGUUGAUUUUGCAGUACUGCAAUAAAGAGUGUAAAGGUAAGUGCUCAGUAAAAUAAGACUAAAGAGUAAUUUGCGUAAAAAAAAAAAAAAAAAUUAGUGAUGUGAGCUAUAAGCCAAUUCAGUAUAGGUGAUAUUUAAACCAAUCGCAAUUUGACAACUUCCAUUUUCCCGGCUGUGAGUCCUUGGACUCAUUUACAACUCUCUCUUCUUUUUUCGUUUUUUAGCUUGACUUUUAAAGAAACGAACUUUUAAACGCGUCAGAUACCGCAUUGCACCGGUAUCGACACGUACCGCACCGCAUCGGUAUCGCAGAGGUCAUGGGUUUAAAUACCGAACAGGCCUGAAUUUUUUUGCAGGCCUUAUUUUCACUACUGCAGAGAUCGCUCUCAUAUACACAGAUUUUUUUCGUUGGGCACAGAGAACACUUGAUCGUUUUCUUUCAUAUUGGUUUCGUCUUACAUGUACUCUAUAUGCAAUUGAUACGAUGCAUAGAUAAGUUUCGCAAACUCAAAUUAAAAUGAUAUAAAGUGAACUGAUAAAUCCCUUAUUUAAUGGUUUAAUAUGCAAUACGAGCGGAUAAUUUGCUCAUUGCUUGUAUUUUUUAUCGCUCCUUAGGUGCUUGUAAAAGUACUACGCAACUCUCAAAAUAUCCGAGCGUAUUAUAGGUUAAACCAUCGAGUAAGGUGUAUAUACUGUACGUGGAACAAUUUGUUUUUCUGUCGUUUUUCAGAUGCUGAUGUAAAAUCAAAAAUAACAUUUAUUUGCGACAGAAAUCAGACGAAUCGUGGGCAGCCACAAAUGCAAUCAUAUGGGGUGAGUGAUUUUAAUUCUUUUUUCAUGGAACUGCUCUUUGUUCUGUUUAUUCUGGCUUGGUGAUUAUUACCUUUCAAAAAUUUUGUUUUGGUUUUCGUAGAAAAACGGUGCAGAUUUUAUAUUCAGAACAAAUUUAGUAUGUCCUCCGCUUGAGCGGGUGUGCAGUUACAGUGAUUCCGGUACUACUUACGACCUGCAACUCCUAACAAGUCGAACAGGAAGCUGGAAUUACACAACGAGUCAUAAAGACAGGUACCUACCUCUGCUCUACAGCUAUGUCACUGCUCGUUUCUAUUCAUUUUCCAUUGAAUUCUCUUCAUUAUUUCCGUUUGCUUUCUUUUUCUAAUAUUCUCUAUUUAGCAGCCGUGCGAUUGUUCUGGUCGCCUUGGCGAGUAGGAAAAAUCAACUUGAAUAAAUUAGCAGCAAAGGUCACCAAUUUUGGAUGCUAUCGCUAUCUACCAGGUUUCGGACGCCAUCGUCCGUUUUUACACUCUCCCAUUAGAUCUCGGAGGCUAUCGCUCGUUUCAGGACACUUCCAUUUGAUUGCAGCGCUUUUGUUCGAUUUUCGAUACUAUCAUCCAAUUUCUGACGUUAUCGCCCGCUUGCGGCAGUUUUUGGAUACUUCAGUCGAAUUUUGGAUUCUUCCGUCCGAUUUCGGACGAUCUCGUUCGAUUUUGAAUAGUAACGUUCGUUUUCGAUCACGUUCGUCCGAUUUCGGUCGCUGUCGUGUAUUUGAUUUAAUUUCUGGCGACAAUUUUAUGACGGUAGGGUAUUUUUCAUUUUGUGGAAACCCUCUUUUGAAUUGGGCCGUUUUAUGUCGAAUAUCAAACUUGGCCAGGAAUCAUUGGUUACGGUUGUUAGCUUAUAAGAUCACAUAGGAGAAGAAAUUUCAAAGAUCAACAGCAUGGCGCGGCGUUCCCAUUAGCUCUUUGUGUUGUUCACGUUUAUCCUAUAAGGUCUUUGUUCUUCCUUUUAUUCAAAUUUAGUUAAAAAAGCUCUUAAGGAUUUGCGAAGUCAGACUGAAAUAUUUUUUCUCUUUUUUUUUCUUAGAUUCUGGAUAAACAUUUGCAGAGGCAUCAGUGAUGGUCCCAAAGGUAUCUUAGUAUUAUCGUCAAGGAAGCUGAAAAGCAGUGAUUUGAGCUAAUACUUUAAUGUCGUAAAAUUAUCAUAGAUUUCGUUUGUCUAUCUAUUUACAUUUCCAAUUUUUAAAAUUGAUUUGUUUGCUUCCAGGUUGUCCGCCUUCUGCCUCAGUUUGUAUGAUAAGAGCAGGACAAGUCAAAGUGAACGUACUCGGGCUCACAAGCACGCAGAUGAUCUCUUUUAAGGGUGAGUAUUUGUAUCAGCCGUAAAAUACAUUCUUUAUUCCUCUAGAUCAGCGAAACGCUUGACACUGUCCGGUAGUUUACAAUGCAAAAAUCGUGUUACCGUAACCGUUAAUCCACGAGUUUACAAUGUUCAAUCCUUUGGUUUCCGUAAGUUCCUUGACAAAUGACAGUCCAGUAAAUGGUUCCUUAGCCGUAUACAAGCGAAAUAUGAACAAAGCGAAAGAAAACGCUUAGCGCCCAGGUUUGACCCAAACUGGAAUGAACCACGGUAAAAUCACGUGACUUAAAAUGCUCGGACGGACUGGUCCGAUUACACAGGAUAACCAAUGACAGAAACUGGCAAUUAAAGUAUUUAAUACACGUUCUCUUUGCUGAUUUUCAUGCCUAUGUGUCUUACCAGCCUGUAACCCAGCCGGUCAAUAGAUACAGGGUUAGUUACAUGGGUGUAAUGGGUGGGCCAGACCUGCGAGGAGAGGGCAGAAACAUGCAAGGCUGAAAAUACGAGACACAGAGGCGUAAUGUUAGUUGAGGGAAAGGCAAAGGUGAUGGAUGUUGGUCAUAGGGUGGUGAGAGAUGUAUUAGGGGGGGAGGGGAGGGGAGGGGAGGGGAGUCAUGUUGGAGACUUGCUGAAAGAAGAGACAUGCAGGGCAAUCGAUGAAGAAAGUAAGGGCGGGAGAAAGAUUUAGAGAAGAAAUCUUCUAGAAAAAGCAGGUUAGAAAAAAUGGCGAGAAAAGGGAGAUUGCGAAUGAAGAUUAAAGGAGGAAGAUGGAAGGAUCUGGUGAAGGGCAAAGGUAUCGAUGGAAAGAAGGGACAGACUUGAGAUACAAGAACUACUUUAGGGAAGAGAGGGUGGUGCGAAAAGAAGGAAGAGGAGACACUGGGGUAAUAUAUGUGUCAAUUGGUGGUGGGACAGAGCAAAAUGGGAUAGCAAGGGAGAUGGGCGAAAUGAAGAAAGAACUGAGAAUCCUUUUUUUCGCUUCUUUUUUACAGGUGGUAAGCUUCAGUUAACGUAUACAGGGCUACCAGUCGAUGGUUGCAGAGGAGGUGUGGAGUCCAAAGUCGUUUUCUAUUUUGAUUGUGGAAAUCAUGUUGGUCAGCCUUCUUUAUCAAGGUAUGUCGUACGAAUUGAAGACUAUAAUAUCUACUUGAGUGGAAAAGGUUUGCCUGCUGCUGGCUUUACACAAAAACUAACGGUAAAUGAGAGGAAACAUCACAUCCAGAAAAAAGCAAUUGAUCCAUAGGAAUUGUUCUGUAUUACGUGUAACCUUUUUUUAUCACUGUCGCGUUCGUCUUUUUUUCCACAGAGAAGAGUGGCAAUCUUGUGUUUUUGUUAUUAACUGGAAAAGCUCGGUAGCUUGUAGAGUGGAAAGGUGAGGAUUGCCUAAAUUAAGUUCUUCGACUGUGUUACUUCAUAUUUGUUUUCUAUAAAGGAGGUGUACUGUUAACACGGCGGUUAAACGCCGCUCAAGCAUGCGCAAUUGGCUAUUACAAACGCUAUUACAAAACUGCUUAAGGAAACAAAAGUAGGGAGAAGGAAAACCUAUGGAUUUUUGAACACUAAGUUAACCAUUUGAUCCCUAAGAGUGACUAACAUCUAACUUCUCCUAACAAUAUCACACUUAAAUCAUACAUUUAAGCCAUGAGAAUAUAGGAAACGAUCACCAACUAAAGAAUCUCUCGUUUGUUAAACAAAUUCAUCUUCUCAGCACCCAGGCCUCUUUGACCUCUGUUGGUUACAGAUGGUUGAUCGCCUUCAGUCUCUGUUUAACUUUUUCCAUAUUUCUGUAUAAAACCACGCACAACCCACAAUAUCUCUGUUCGCUCAGACGUAGAGCUGACGUUCGAAACGCCAGCUUUUCAAUCAGUUUCUGGAGGCCAAUUUACAACACCAACUGAGGGGAUGGUACCAAAAUAUCUUACAAUGUCUAAGAGAUCUAAAAUUUUCUGAUGUAGUUACUUAAAAAACACAAGUGCCACCGUCUUCAAGCGUUUGUUUCCUCCAAACUGAAACUUAUAACAUUUCCUCCUUUCUAUCUUCUGUUAUUUUCAUCUUUAUUCUAUGAUUUUUCAGAAAUGUUUAAUUUCCCUUGUUACCUCGCCUGGUUGUUCCACUUUUUUAAUGUGAAUUAAGAUUUAUCAGCCCGCUUGGAAUUUCUUUCUCUCGGCAUUAGGCUUUGAAAAGAUUUUCUGUUUUUUUUCAUUUCCUCCAAUUCCAUUGCAGAAAAAAAAUUAAGGUAAACAAUUGUGUCAUCAAACAUCCGGUCACGGGCAGAAGCAUUGAUUUGAAAAAACUUGUGAAUGGAUCCGAAAGGUAAGAUUUUGUUGGGUUGUCUUUUGGUUCUAGAAAUAGUGUGUGUACGAUUCGUUGAAUUUACUCACAUUCUGUAGCACCGCUGACCAUAUACCUAGGGUGCAGUUUCUCUCGCCAUGUGCAUUGCUUGGGCGUUGUUUGUAAGUUUUCUUUUUUUUUUUUUUUUGUUGCCAAAUUUAGUUUAUAGCUAAGGAUUUUGAGGCUAUCCUGUAAGAAGCAGUAACUUCGAAUCAUCGCCGGAUAGAUCCUCGUUUGUAAAUCGUUGUUUACGAGAAUACAAGGAAUCUGGACGCACACAAGUUGUUGUGUCGUAUUUAUUUUCGUUAAGCGUAGCUGGCCCCUACAGUGUAUGACAUUAAACCAACGCGAAAGAACGAUGAUGGUAGGGUUUCUGGCUCACCGAAACUGCUAAGGUUUGAAAAUACCAGGUGUUCAGUUCAAAGAAAAUAUAUUUUAAUUGUUGAGGUCAGGGACGUGAGGCAAACAAACAUAAACAUAGACAUACACACACAAAUACAUGACGAAAAUAUUCAAAGUUAAGCUAAUAGCAUGUGGCAGGAGCUACACAUGCACAUGAAAAUAAUGAAAAGAAGAAAAAUCAAAUUGACAGCCAGAAGACAAAGGUCCUUACAUUGCAAAACAAUAUUUUUAUCAAAGAAGAGCAAUCUACAGAUAUUUGACAAACGGAGACAUCAUUUUCCGGAAGUCUUCAGAAUGUAAAAACAACAGUUAUUAAAAAACACAUAGGUUGUGUGCAUGACAUAAACUAUGUCACUCAUCAGCAUGGAUUGUUCCUAAUGUUGAUGAGGCUGCUCGUAGAGGGAAUUAAAUUAAUGCCGGUUUUUUGUGACUACUCCUCAGCACGUGGAGAGUUAUUGGACAAGACGAACAUGGUAAAGCAGUGUUUUAUUACAUCAACGUUUGUGGUAAACUUAAGGGAUUUAAAAAGUUACCAUCGAACUGUCAUGGAGACGAGACUUCAGUGUGCUGUGGGAACAAAGGGUUUAUUGUGACGGAUAAAAGUAUUUAUUAUGAAGGUACGUUUUAUCUGAUUAACUCGCAAGGAAAAUAGUGCACAAAAAUUUUUCUCUCUUGGAUUAAAGUUUAUACGUUUUUACUGCACUCAUUGGUUACGGCAGGAAGCUAAAAGUAAUUAUCUUGAACAAUACUUGGCGAGGACGCCUAAGUAUUUCAGGUUGGACGUUUACUACCAACACAUGCAGAAUAUUGCCAGAGAAUUCCUAAAAUGAGUGGUCAAACUAAUAAAUAGACUUUCACCCGUGACAAAUGUACAAUAAUUUCUUUAUUCGACGAUAAAGCGCAAAGUUGCCACCUUUACAGAUCUGUUUCAUUUUCAAGAGGGUAGCAAAGAGAGGGUCCUGAUCUCGUUUCACGCGUCACAUGUACUUUAAACAGUAUUUUACGCGUCGUGAAUUUAAAAGGGAAAACUUCAGUCCCACCUUACCUUAUCUUUCUGUAAAAUUCAUGCGUCGUGUAUUAUUUUUUGGCUUAAUAACGUGUCACUCAUUUCUCCUUUACACCCCUCGUUCCUGGCGCUUUUGAUAUUGCUGAUAUUAGCAGUACGUUUGUCACCUAUAAAGCUCUUUCACGACCUCGCUCACCAUCUAUCGACUUAAUGUCAGUGGCAGAGCCUACUGGCACGAAAUCCGAAGAUCUGAACAGAAUCUGAUGGUUUCUUCGCUUAGCGUUUCCUCUUUUACUUUCGAGAAUUCGUAACUAUCAUUUACUUUGUAGACGCCAUUUUUUCGCUUGAGAUGACGGCAAGUGAUGGGUUCGUGCUUGUGAUAAACUUUCAUUGUUCAGAUGAGGAAGUGGUAAGAGUUGGCGCAUUCUCCUUGUCUUAAGAAGUCAAUUAUGUAACAUUUUAAGUGAUUAUAGUUAUCAGUCGCUGUUGUGAUCCCUAUGCCACAGCGUUUCUGAUCAUUCGUCUGAUAUUGUAUUCUAAUAAUUCUGUUAUUGUGAAUUAAUUUUAACGAUCGAAACAGUAUAAGUGUCAUUCUGAAAAGCAAUGACUGUGGUGCUUCUACUUGAAAAUUUCUUCCCUGACGGUAUGAAUUGUCAUUCAAGACGGCUCCUCAAGCUGGCAAGAUAUUGCAAUUUGUCACUUUUUUCCUCCUUAGGGAAGUCCCAAUUUUGAUUAUAAGUCGAGCAACAAUCAUCAUUUCUUCACUUGGACAACUUCCAUUGUUUGCGCGGGAGACUUGUAAGUAGAACAUCUAUUCAUCUGUCUCACCAAGCCUGUUUAGAAGCUUUUUGGGAUUGGCCGAAAAAAAAUUUGGCGCUUCGCUCUCAGUUAAUCAUCUGCAAAACAAAAACCAUAUAUGGCGUUAUUACGUGCAUUUCCCUCGCCUUUUAUGUGUCAUUUCGUCCAGACCCAAUUAGAUGAAACAAAUACAGUGCAGAUAUUGUGGGAAGGAUACUAACCCAAGCUUUAUUUCACGGGAUAAAUGUUUCCUCUGAAUUUGCCAAUUUUACUGAAAAGUGUUUCCUGUCGCACUUCGUGUGAUCUCUUUCCCAGUCUUGGUUUUAAUUUUGGUUUUAAUUUGAAUCAAUGGUUGGAAAACCGUUGAUCAAAAGUUGCCGGUUCUCUAAUAAGGCUUUAUUUUUGUGUCCAGGAGCCGCGACGUGACAGAUAUUCCUGAAGCUGGACACAAAACAGUCAAGUCUGCUGGAAAGAAAAACUUAGGGAUCGCAUUUGGUGUGGUUUUCGCCGUUCUCUGGAUCAUUGUGUUUGUUGUUGUUUUUUAUAAACCUUCCAGAAGGUUAGUGAGCUCCAUUUUUGUCAUUCUUACUACCUCAAAGCAACCACAUUCGAAAAGAGUAGAUUUAACAUCCUCUUAUUUACUGAUAUCUUUUGAUCUCCCUUUAUGGAGGGACAUCUGUAUCUCUAGUAUACUUUUUCGUGACAGCAUAGAACAUGCUGAUUUUGACUCUUACUUUUAUUUGUUCUCAUUGCAGGCAUCGAAUCAUUUCUUGUUUGAGGGUAAACUUCAAGACGCAUGUUCUUCGCAAAGAGAUUAAAUAUCCGUCGUACAGAUAUCAAAAGGUAAUCCAACCCUCUCAAUUCAGCAAUAGUCAAUAACUCAGAAGGUUCCAAGCUUCUUGUCAGUAAAGGGAACCCGAUACACUAGUAGGGCAGAAAGAAACAAGGAAGAGGCUUGGGUUGAGUAGCUCUCAAAACUCCUUGCAGCGCGGUGCGUCAUUAUCGCGCUUCGUACACCAAACACAGGCUUCACUUAACAAGGCAAGACCUUAAGGCCUCUCAUUGUUUUCGGUUCAUUGUACACUCUCAAAUACACUAUGCGUAUCUACUGCUUAAAAUCUACGAACGACAAAGGACAGAAAUGAUGAAAUCCCAGCCACUUAAGAAAAGUUAUCGUAUUCCUUGACAUCUAACUGGCCUUGUUUUAAAUGGGCACACUAGUUUUCACAAAUCUUAUUAUUAACAGUUCUUAACCGAGUGUCGAAGAUCAUCGAGGGUCGCUUAGUUUUUGCUUCUAUUUAGUUUCGCCACCUUUUAAUCAGUCAUUUGCCAAGCUGAAACAAAUUGCGAUAUGCGGUUGUGUUAACUUGUUUUUACUGUGAGCUCCCAGGAGCUUUCAUUCGCUCAUUGUCUCCUACCUACUGGUCGGCCGUUGUGAUUACUUUGGUUUUGCGUUUACCACACUCAUCGAAAAAGCGCCCCGACGAAUAGUUUUCCUGUAACAACUAUAUUAAGUUCCUCUUUUUGUUGGUUUAUUUGUUGUUGUUUUUUUUCCAUUCUAGCUCGAUGUCUCAGAUGACGACGAGGCGGAUUCUCUCAUUAAGAUAGCUGAGGGGAGUGACGACGAAGAACAAAACGACGAUGAAGAUCUCUUACCAUUUUAAUCGGGAGAGACUGGAACAAACUCUAAACUGCUGACCGCCUAUUACAGUAACAGUUGCAUUAUUGGGAAGGGAGGGUGAAGAAAGUAAUUUUAUGGUGGCGAGCGACAGGGUUCGAUUCAGCGGGAAGCCAGUCGCAGUGUUUGAAGUGCAAGUAUUUUUCACCUAACGAUAACAUUGUCGACAGUCGGUAGAUGUGUUUAUCGGAGGACUGUCUUUGAGUUAAGCUCCUUUCACACAAAUUCAUUUGAAAACGAUGUUUUACGAUACAAAAACGGGUAAAAUUUGUGCCGUACGUUCAUUCUUUUUCGUAUUCUUAAAAAAACUUCAUCAUCUACCCUGAUUAGGAAAAAAACUUAAAAACGAAACUGUGUUUGAAAGGGAGACAUAUGACAUAGUUCACAUGACAAUUAAAUGGAAGUGUUUUCGUCCAUUCAGUUAAUGAAAACUAGGAAUAAAAAAAGGAACGUGUUCAGAUUUAUCGUAAGAUGAAUUUCGUGACGUUUUGUCCGCAGAACAAAUAGACUGGCGUAUAACGGAAGGAGAUAAUGGCAUGAAUCUAUAUCGUGACUCAGAUUGAUAAAAAAAAAAAUUUGAGUGAAAACUAAAGGAGUAGAAGAUUUUUUCAAAUGAGAAUGUAACGGUCAUUUUUAGCAAGGUCAUUUUUCACGAAAAAAUAUCACAACGAAAUUUGAAUGAAAUAGUAGAAUUCUAAAGUAAUUUAUUGCCACCUGUAGUGGCUAGACGUAGGUAGAGAAAUAACGAGGAGGAGAAAGAUCGACUCCAGGUAUUAUUAUUUUUUUAUAAUGGGGCUUUCGUGUUUGUAUUCUCUGGUGAGUGAAUCCUCUACUGAGGUUUGUGUAGAUGCUCUGUCUUCGCAACAUGAAUCGAAGCCUGUUUCAAAUUGUAAUUCUAAACACAUUUGUCGGUUUGGAGAAGGAAACAUGAGUUGCAGGGUUAUUUGAUAAAUUAGGUGUGGCAAUCAGGAGAGUUUUAUUUAAUAAUCCAAGUUGUUGUUAAUGAGCCAAGAGGAC